GAAGCAGGCUGACCUGGUUCCUUCCCGCGUCCCUUCACCCAAAAAACAAUAGCCGAAAAUGGCAUUCUACUUUGAUUCUUUCCUCUUCACCAACUUCACCUCUCUCUUUCUCCUCAUUUCUAUUCUUUUCUUGCUUGACUCACUCCACGACUCAUUCAACUUCUCAACUCCCCUUACCCUUUUCUCUAUUGUCUAAAAAAUGACUCUUUCUUUCUUCAACCAUAAUCAUUAACCAUGUCCUCCUUCUCUUCCUCUUUCCUUUUCUUCUUUCUUUCCCUUUUUUUCUUCCCUUGUCUUUCUCAAUCCCUAAGAGGUGUUCUGAUUGAUUGUGGUGCUUCAGUUGAUUCUGUGUUUAAUGAACAAAAAUGGGUGUCAGAUACUGGUUUCAUAUCAGCAGGAAUACCAAAGAGCGUUACAGUACAAGUUCUUGAUUCCACACUGUCAACUGUCCGUAUAUUCCCCCUACAGAACAAUGUUUUCAAGAAAUUCUGCUAUGAGGUUCCUGUUUAUCGUGGAGGGAAAUAUUUGGUUAGGACAACGUAUUUUUAUGGUGGGGUUAAUGGGAAGUUGAAUCCUCCUGUGUUUGAUCAAAUUGUGGAUGGAACAUUUUGGAGUCCAGUGAAUACAACUGAGGAUUAUUGGCAUGGAAUGUCUUCUUAUUAUGAAGGGGUUUUCAUGGCUAUAGGAAAGACUAUGAGUGUUUGUUUGGCUGCUAAUAGUUUAACCGAUUCGGACCCUUUUAUAUCUGCUUUGGAGCUUGUUUUAGUGUCUGAUUCUUUGUAUAAUUCUACUGAUUUUACCACUUAUGCUUUGACUUUGAUUGCAAGGAGCAGCUUUGGGAACAAUGGAUCAAUUAUCAGAUAUCCUGAUGAUGAGUUUGAUCGUUACUGGGAGCCCUAUGGACAACAUUCUCCUGCAGAAAGUGUCAGUCGUGUUGCUGUUUCUACUAUCUGGAAUCACCCCCCUGCAAAAGUAUUUCAGACACGGUUCACAAUCAGUCAGGUUGAACCUAUGGAGUUAUUAUGGCCUCCAGCACCUCUCCCAAAUGCAACAUAUUACAUAGCUCUUUAUUUUGCUGAAGAUCAAGAUUCAUUUUCCGGAAGAGCAUUCAACAUAAGCAUAAAUGACAUAUUGUUUUAUCCCAACCUUAAUGUUUCUCCAGCUGGUAUGGUCGUGUUUGCAAAUCAGUGGCCUCUGAGUGGUAAUACGAAGAUAACAUUGACUCCUCUGGUUGGAUCAAGAAUUGGCCCGUUGAUUAAUGCAGGAGAGGUUUUUGAAGUGCUUCCCCUCGGUGGAAAAACUCAUACUCGAGACGUGAUUGCUCUGGAAAGAUUGAAGGAGAGUUUCAAGAAUCCUCCCCCUGAUUGGAAUGGUGAUCCGUGUUUACCCCCUCAAUACCCAUGGACUGGAGUUACAUGUGCUGGAGGACCACGAAUUCGUGUAAUUACUUUAAACCUAACGAGCAUGGGUCUUUCCGGCACAAUUUCACCUAGCAUUUCCAGAUUGACAGCAUUGAGUGGCAUAUGGCUCGGGAAUAAUAGUUUAACGGGAUCUAUACCAGAUCUGAGCUCAUUGAGUAACCUGGAGAUUUUGCAUUUGGAAGACAAUCAGCUUAGUGGGGAAAUUCCGCCAUCUCUUGGAAACAUUAAGAGCCUUAAUGAAAUCUUCUUGCAGAACAAUAAUUUGACUGGCAAUGUACCAAGCAGCCUUCUUGGAAAUCCAAAGCUGAACCUCAGGACCACCCCUGGGAAUCCAUUCUUGUCACAACCCCCUAAAUGAAGGAGGUUGUCCUUGCUCCUUUGGACAUUGACAAGUAUAAAAUAUUCAGUUUUCGGCAUUAGAUUUCAGAACCUCUUUUGCUAUCUUGAAGCUUUGGAAAAAAAAAAUCUUGAAAGUUCAUUUAUUGGAACUCCGGAAUACACUCACCAACACCAAUUAUUCAAAUUGGUUGCCAGCACAUUGUCUAGCCAAAUAGUCUAGUAAAAUGGAAUUUUGCUGUAAUUUUUUGUGUCCAUAGCUGUAUGUACAGUCUUUGAGGUUUUCAGUCAUUCUUCUGUAUUUUUCUCUUUCUGUAACUCAAAAAGUUUGCCUUUGAUUCAUACGUACUGAAACUCAAUUGUAUAAACAUGUUUGUAACUCUUACUAUUUAUUAUGAAAGUGAUGCUAUAUGAUUGUUUUUCAGUUGAUUGUAAA